CAGUUUAUUUGAUAAUUGGAGAGGAAAAACAAAAAAAAAUGUCUUAUUAUGAUUCUUCUUCUUCUUCUUUGGUUCCUCCUCUGAUUGAUAAACCCAGUAAAGUUGACCUUGAAGCUGGAAACAUUGACCAAAUUCAGUGUAGAAUUUGCCUUGAAAAUGAUGGUGAAGAUUUUAUUGCCCCUUGUAAAUGCAAGGGUUCAUCAAAGUAUGUUCACCGAGAAUGCCUUGAUCAGUGGCGUGCUGUGAAGGAAGGAUUUGCAUUUUCUCAUUGUACGACUUGCAAGGCUCCAUUUUACUUGAGAGUUAACGAUCUUCAAAGAAAAUGGCGAACCUUAAAAUUUCGGUUCUUUGUGACCACAGACAUCUUGUUCAUCUUUCUUGCAGUUCAGCUUGUGUUAGCUGCACUGGGAUAUUUAGUAUAUGUGAUUGAUACACAUCAGAAGUCUUGGCUUCUUCUGCAUUGGGGGUUUGGAAGUGAACUAGGCUUCUAUUACAUAUGCGGAGCACUGUUGUUUUUCGCUUUGGUGGGCAUAUCUGGCUGUUUCUUAACUUGCUUUGACGAAAGUGUGCGCGAUGAUUUGAGUCAGCCCUGCCAGAAUGCAUUGUCUUGUUGCUCUUGCACAAGCUUGUGUGCAGACUGUCAUACGCGUAGACCUCAUACAGGUACAACUUAUAUUUGCAUUGAUACUAACCUAUGCUGCGACAAUUGUUCAAACUCGACAUGUGAGUGUUGCUCCGAGAAUCAUUCUUGCACGGACUGUGAAUGUGGGAGUUGCUUAGGAGGCGGUGGUGAUCAAUCUGGGAUACCGGGAUUAUUAGUUGUGGCUAUAAUUGUGAUAGGACUAUUCGCCCUCCUUGGCAUGUUUUACAGUGUUUUGGUUGCUACAAUGGUCGUACAGAGAAUUUGGCAGCGACACUACCACAUACUCGAGAAAAGAAUGCUGACAAAGGAAUAUGUUGUGGAGGACGUUGGCGAGGUGGCUUGUAACGAUUGGUCUCCGCCGCCACUGCCACAACAGCAUGUUCAGAAGCUGGAAUCACUUGGACUUGUAUAAAACUUGAAGGACUUGACUAUGGGGCAAUUCUUGUUUAUAACAGAAAAAUUUCUUUGAAAAUGUUUUUUUUUUUUUUCCACAUAUGUGCAUAGUUUAUAAAUGAUCACAAUUCACAUAAAUGUAAUUAUUGAAAAAACUGAUAAUUUUUUUUUUAAUGUAUGUAUCCAUUUUGAAAUAACUUCAAACAAAAUCCUAAUAAAGUUUAGCUUCAGAUAUUGUGUA